CGGGAUGCUCUCGGCCAUGCUGGAGAAGCUCCGGAGUGCCACCAGCAGUGACGGGCAUCCGUGCCAGAUCCUGCAGCAAGUCAGCAGCCUAGAGGUGCGGGGCCGGCUCUGCUGCCAGUGCGGUGCCUGGCCCACUCAGUCCCUGCCUCGGACGCGCCGGUGGGAAGGGGGCUGAGGCGGCGAGCGGACUCCUUGCCGCAGCCGUUCUCCAGGCCGGCGCCAUCCAGCAGCAGCGGGUUUGCAAGGACUCGAGCCAUAGCGGCAUUUCCACGGGCUCCCCCAGCCCUCCCCGCCCAGCACUGGUGCCAGCUGUGGCCCUGGCUGGCUCCGCGAGAGCCCCGGCCCCUGCCGCUCGCGGUGCUGCUCAGCGGCCUCAGCGGCCGCCUCGCCAGAUGUUCCCCAUUUUCUCCUCGAGUGUUUGAUUUCUCCUUCCUCCGCGCAGUGUUUUUGCGAGUCCUUGCUGCAUUUCCUCCCGCCGUGUGUGCAUGUGUGCUGGGUUUCUUUUUCUGGGCUGUUUUCUCUGUUUAUCAAGAUCUCUUUGAAUUUUGCUCUCUGUCUCUGUUUCCCCCCUCUCUGUGAUUGCAGAUUUAAUCCCUGUCCUCUCUCUCCUGCCACUGAAGCUCUUAAUGUAGGGGCUGAAUGGUGCUGGCUCCCAGAGCCCACUUCUGCUUGAAACCCCCUUCUGCUUUUUUGAGCACCUACCGGCGCGACCCGCUGCGGCUGGUGGCCGUGCUGAGGGGCAUCCUGGAGGGCGAGAAGGCUGCUGUGCUCAAGAGGGACCGGCACCUGCCCCUCAGCUUCCACCGGCGGCAGGAGGAGCUGAAGUUCGGCCUGGGGCUGCAGCGGCUGCAGCACCGGGUCCACGAGAUCCAGGCGCUGCGGGAGCGGAGCUCGCAGCUGCGGGACAGCGCUGGAGGCUCCCUGCCGCCAACCGUGCGGGACCUGCAGCUGAAGCCAGAAGGACAACCCACGGAGAGCGAGCUGCCCGCCCUCGUGCUGGAGGCCACGAAGGAGCUGGAGGCAGCCAAGCAGCAGGUGCUGAAGAGGAUGCAGAUCUGGAAGAGGCAGCAGCAGCUGGCGGGGAACGGGGCUGUCUGCGAGGAGCACCUCGGCCCCUUGCAGAAGAGGUGCGAGAGCCUGGUGGAGGUGUAUUUCCAGCUGCAGCAGCAAGUGCUGGCAGCCAGCGCGGAGCUGGGCCCCGAGCUGCUGCCCCGGCUCCUGGAGCGCUUCGCCGAGGUCUUGUCUAGCCUGGUGAAAAGCUCCUUCCUGGUGGAGAAGCAGCCCCCGCAGGUGCUGAAGACCCAGACCAAGUUCCAGGCGAGCGUCCGCUUCCUGCUGGGCCCGCGGCUGCUGAAGGCGGCGGCCAAGCCCUACAUGGUGCGCGCCGACAUGGUGACGGAGAAGCAGGCACGGGAGCUGGCGCUCGGCGCCUGCAGCAACGCGCUCAGCGAGAGCACGGGGGAGAUCAUGCACAACAUGGUGGCCCUGGAGACCAACCCCACCAGCGCGACCUGCUGUGCCAACUUCAAGAACGUGCUGCUGAAGAAGAUCAAGCGCUGCGAGCGGAAGGGCUCUGAGUCGGUCACAGAGGAGAAAUGUGCCGUCCUGUUCAGCACCACCGUGGCCCUCAGCCCCAGCAACCUCACCAUCCACCUCCAGGUCCUGUCCCUGCCCAUCGUGGUCAUCGUCCACGGGAACCAGGACAAUAACGCCAAGGCCACGGUGCUGUGGGACAACGCCUUCUCCGAGAUCGACCGGGUGCCCUUCAUGGUGGCUGAGCGGGUGCCCUGGGAGAAGAUGUGCGAUACGCUGAACCUAAAGUUCAUGUCGGAGGUGCAGACCACCAAGGGGCUUCUCAAGGAUCACUACUUCUUCCUGGCCCAGAAGAUCUUCAACGACCACAGCGCCAGCCCGGAGGACUUCCAGAACCGCAGUGUCUCCUGGGCCCAGUUCAACAAGGAGAUCCUGCCCGGCCGGGGAUUCACCUUCUGGCAGUGGUUCGACGGAGUCCUCGACCUCACCAAGAGGUGCCUCAAAAGCUACUGGUCAGACAGGCUCAUCAUGGGCUUCAUCAGCAAGCAGUAUGUCUGCAAGCUCCUGAGCACACAGCCUGACGGUACCUUCCUGCUCCGCUUCAGCGACUCGGAGAUCGGGGGGGUCACCAUCGCUCACAUCAUCCGGGGCAAGGACGGCACCAGCCAGGUGGAGAACAUCCAGCCCUUCUCGGCCAAGGACCUCUCCAUCCGGUCCCUUGGCGACCGCAUCCGCGACCUGGGGCAGCUCCGCAACCUCUACCCCAACACCCCCAAGGACCAGGCCUUUGGGAGUCACUACAACAAGGAGCAGACGGGCAAGGACGGCCGAGGCUACGUCUCCACCGCCAUCAAGAUGACAGUGGAAAGCGAAAGGGAGCAGCAGCCCCCGGGCACCACCGGAGGCCCCCCCGAGGCUGCCGCUGCGCAGAUGUUCGGGCUGCCGGUGCUGCGGCCCGAGCUGCAGCACGACAGCCUGCAGACGGUGCUCAGCCCCAUCUGCCCCCCUGUGCCCUUCUGUGCCCAGCCCGUGCCUUCCGGCUACCCUGCAGGUGAGGGCAGCGUGAGCAUGAUGGUCUCCGACAGCAUCGGGUCCUCUUUCGCCAGCACGUCUCCGAUGCUCUCACCAGCCCUGGCCAUGGAUCCCGCACUGCCCCACUGCCCCGAAGCCUUUGGGAACCCACCACUGCCCAUGAACUUCAUGCCCAGCCAAUUCCUGCCCAGCGGCCCCUCACCAGAGCCACAGGACGAGGAGAUGCCUGAGAUGGGCCUGUUCCCAUCGCCGCCGCUGCUGGAGCCGCAGCCACAGGGCUCCCCGAGGUGGAUGGUGCCUGGCAUGGAGCUGCCACCGAACUCUGACUUUGACCAGUUCCUGGAGGAGAUGUCGCUGGAGGGCUCCUCACUGGGCCCCCCUUUCACGGCCCCCCCACCACGCAGCACCUACCCCAGCCCUGGCCCCUCGUGCUGGGGGCUGGCGGAGCCGCGCUGGGAUGACGGCGUCCGGCCAGGGCAGGCAUGAGUCCUGCGGGGCGCUGGGCCGGGGCCACCUCGCUCCACAAUGCCCCCGUGCCUGCUUUUCCGGACUCCAUGCAACUUGCGCCGGGGUGGAAACUCCG